GCAAGAUGGCGACGCCCAGCGAAUUGUCCCUCGACGAGAUUCGGAAAUAUCUAUUGGAAAACGGUGGUACAGCGCGUAAUCACGAUGUCGUCAAGUAUUUCAAAAAAUUUUUAACCGAUCCCGAAACGAGAGUGGAAGCACGAAAUCGAUUCAAGGAGUACGUGAACACUCUGGCCACCAUAAAGAACGAGGAGGGAGAAAAAUAUUUGGUAUUGAAGAAAAAAUAUCGGCAAACGUCGUUGGAUCUUACGUGUUCGGAACAAGUUAAUUCGGCUGAAGGUUCGCCUAAUUCACCCCUACGAGAACCUCCCCCUUAUCGGUCACCUCCAGCUGCACCCCUCAGUCCCUCCUCUAAUAAUCAUAAUAAUCAAGAAGUAAAUUGUGAGAACGAACCGCGUAGAAAUUUUGAUAGUGACCUUGAAACGACAAAGAAAAAUAAUUUCAACGAGGUUGGAUCGUCUAGUGCAUCAUCGCCACCGGUACCACCACGUCGAAAGGGUCAGGACAAGAUCAGGAUGGAUAAUAAAGAGAACGUUGAUAGGAACAAGACUGGUACCGAUGGAGUUGUCAAAGAAGAUGAGAUCACUACUGCGAAUCCUGGCUCCGGUGAGGAAUUGAGCUUCCGUGAACGGAUGCAACGUUUCGAUCGGAUGGCCAAUGAAACUGAUCUACAUGGCAGGCCUAACGGUACAACGACACCAACUAAAAAACGUUCUGAAAAGGGUGCCGACGAAGAGGACAGUGCUUCGGUUGCCUGGCAAUUGGAUGGAAAAUCACGAGAAUGGUUGGUGAAAGCUGCUCAAGGAGAUUAUCACGAACUUGCGAAAUUGGCUGCCGAGGAACCACGUCUUACCGGAUUAAAGGAUCCAACAUCCAUUCAACGAUGUCUUCUCAUCCCAUGGAUCAUGCGAUUCAAAACGAUGUCACGGAUAAAAUCAACUAUCUUCAGGGCUAUGUUUCAAUUACGCGCCGGUGUCGGCCUGUCUGAUGUUGCUGCCGCUCUCAUUAUGUGGAAUAUGAGCUCGCGCUAGCUGUUCUUCUUCCUU